GUUUUUAUCUUUAUUGACUACAGGGUAAAUCCAUCGCGCAGACCGGUCGCAGCAAACUGCAGAAUCAAAGGGCGGGAUUGAACAAUCAGAUCCUGAAAGCCAUGCGGAUGAGAGCCGGAGCUGAGAACCUCCUGCGAGUUACCACAAACAACAAGGUGCGCGAUCAGGUUCUGCUGGAACUGAGUUACGUGAACUCAAACCUUCAGGUUCUCAAGGAGGAGCUGGAAUCGCUGAACAUAUCGGUGGAGGUGUACCAGAACUCAGAGCAGAGUUACAGCAUCCCCCUCAUCCCCCUGGGCCUCAAAGAGACGAAGGACGUCGAUUUCACCACUGGGUUCAAGGACUUCAUAUUGGAACAUUACAGCGAGGACGGAGCGGAGUAUGAGAACGAGCUGGCGGACCUGAUGGACCUCAGACAGGCCUGCCGCACCCCCACUAGAGAUGACGCCGGGAUAGAGUUGUUGGUGAGUUAUUUCCAACAACUCGGGUUUGUGGAGAACCGGUUCUUUCCGUCCAGCAGACACAUGGGCAUUCUGUUCACAUGGUACGACUCCUUUACUGGUGUUCCUGUCAGCCAGCCGAACAUCUCGCUGGAGAAGGCCAGCAUUUUGUUUAACAUCAGUGCCCUCUACACGCAGAUCGGAACUCGCUGUAACCGUCAGACAAAAACUGGUCUGGAGGAGGCCGUCACCAUGUUUCAGAAAGCUGCAGGUGUUCUCCGCUAUCUGAAAGAAACAUUCACCCACACCCCAAGCUACGACAUGAGCCCGGCCAUGCUGGGGGCGCUGAUCAGAAUGAUAAUGGCGGAAGCCCACGAGUGUUACUUUGAGAAACUGAUCCUGUCCGGGGUACAGAAUGAAUUUUGCACCCUGGUGAAGGUGGCGCAGGAAGCGGCAAAGGUCGGGGAGAUUUACUUACAGGUGUUUAAUGCUAUGAACCAGCCCCCCAUCAAGGAGAAUAUCCCCUAUUCCUGGACUGUUAUGGUGCAAGUAAAAGCCGAACAUUACAAAGCCCUGGCUCACUACUUUGUGGGACUCAUACUCAUGGAUCACCAGUUGACCCUGCGUGAUGAUGAAGAUAAGCAGGAGAAGGCUUUGUCUCAGCUGUAUGACCACAUCCCAGAUGGACUGACCGCUAUGAAGAUACUAAAGGACAAAUCACAGCGGACACAGCUAGGAAAGGCUCAUUUAUCCAAAGCGAUUGCAUGUCACGAAGAAUCCCUGAGGUUAUCGGGUCUGUGCAGCAAGCUGAAGCAGAUCGACGUGCUGCAGGACAUACUGUCUGCUUUCCACAAGAGGGCGCUGCUGAAAUACUCUCAGCACCAGAAAGCCGACGACUUCCUCAGUGUACUGGUGGCCCCCGAAAUUAUCAGUAAGACGGAGUACAAGGCAGAAAUGAUCUCGCCCCCACUCUCCAGAGUAAGAGUGAUCGACUUCUUCCAACGCCUGGGUCCACUGUCUGUAUUCUCAGCAAAGCAGAGGUGGACUGCCCCUAGGAAGGUACGGCUUAUUCUUGACGAUGGGGACUUGGGGUUCAUCUUAAAAGGAGACUGUCCUGUACAAAUCACCUCGUUGGAUCCUCUUUGCCCCGCGUCAACAGCGGGUGUGAAGGAAGGAGAUUACAUUGUGUCCGUGGAAGGCAAGGAUUGUAAGUGGUCCUCCAUAAAUGAGGUCAUGGACCUGCUGAAGGGAAUUGAUGAACAAGGAAAGGAAAUCAAAGUGAUCAGUAUCCAAGAUCAGACAUCGAGCAUGCAUAAUAAAAGCGCCACAUACUCCGCCGGGAUGCAGAAGACGUAUUCUCUGGUCUGCCUAACCAUGGACGAAGACAAGAACCCGAAAACCCAAAAGGCAUCUAAGAAGUUAUCGUUCCUCAGCUGGGGGUUCAGGAACCACCAGAAAGCUGCAAGCACCCUUUGCCUCCCCUCUGCCAGUGCACCAAAGCCGCAAUCCAGCAGACUAUUCCUCUCACCGUACGAAUCCAGGGAAUGUGACAGCGCAAUGUACUGAUGGCAGUGGCUGGACGUCCCACUCCGUGGAAAGACUAUGAAAGUGUUAGAGACCACUGUGACGACCCUUCUGAGCCCAUCACAGCUGUGACAGUUCUUGUCAUUCAGAAACAUUUAUUUUCCUUAAUCGGGAUUAUUUUCCCUUGACCCGGAAAAUUGUCAUAACAUAGGGACAUGUUAUCGGAAUCUGUUGCCUGUUCCCUUACACUACUGAAACAAAACUAUGGCUAAUUAUCUUUCAUCAAUUAUUCAUUGUAGUAUAAUGAUUGCUGUAGCAUAACGACUCGGUUACACCUGAGUUUUACUAUGGUACUUAUCAAAUGUAACGGUCAGAUGCAAAGUGGCUUGGGCUUUAAUGACGAAGGAGCACAGGGUCCGAGAGGACGGAAGAUAGGACCAUCAAAGGAUCUAUGUGCAAAUGUGCCCUACCGCCGCACGAUAAUGAUCGCAGAGCCUUUCCUGACAAGUACAUACAUUCCUGUUGCAUCAAUAUAGCCCAUUUGGCAGCUUGUAAAACCCUUCUUCUAGUAGGAACACACUGCCACCUGUAGGCUUUGAGAAGGUACUGCAUAUCAUAAGUGAAAACUUAGAAUGUUUGCAUCCUUCAGUAAUUCACAAACAAUAGUCAGUUCUCAGUUUUUAUCAUUCCUGAUCAUUAGGAAUAAUCUGUUUAUUUUUAUAGCUAGAAUGAUUUUUAGUGUACUCUGGCAUUUGGCCCAUAUUUUACAGGUGGACCGAAGACUUUAGGUACGAGAGGGGACGCAGGUGUAGACAGACUACUCUCACAUUCUACCGUAUGCUGCUAUAGAUUUAUUCUGUCACUGCUACAAUUACAGCGCAGGUGUAUGGGUGGCGUCAGACCACGUGACCUCACCCAUAGUCACUGAGGCGAUUUCCGAUGUCUGCGACAUUGACCACUAUUUUGUGUAAUGCUGGACUUAUUUUAAUAAUGUCACUUGUUGUAUUUAUAUGUUGUUAGUGUAGUAUGUUUGCUAAACAGGGUAGCCGAGAUAGGCUGCCUGCUUCUGAA